CUUCUCGUGUAUUUGCAUGCAAUCCCUUUCAUAGCGUCCGCAUUCCUUGUACUUUAUAUCAAAAUUUAAAUCAAGAUGCUCCACGGAAACUCGAUAAAGAUCCUCACCGGGAAUAGCCAUCCUGAGCUCGCCAAGUCUGUGGCUGAGCGACUCAACAUCCCCCUCACACCAUGCACCGUCGUCAAAUUCUCUAACGGAGAGGUCAACGUGAAGAUCUCCGAGUCCGUCCGUGACGAAGACGUCUUCAUCAUCCAGUCGUCCUGCGCAGAUGUCAAUGACCACCUCAUGGAACUUCUCAUCCUCAUCUCCGCCUGCAAAGGCGCUUCAGCACGUCGCAUCACUGCUGUCAUUCCGUGCUACCCCUACGCUCGGAUGGACAAGAAGGACAAGAGUCGCGCACCCAUCACCGCGAAGCUUGUCGCGAAUAUGUUGGCGGUAGCAGGAUGCGACCAUGUUAUUACGAUGGACCUCCAUGCGAGCCAGAUCCAAGGAUUCUUCGACUUUCCGGUGGAUAACUUGUACUCGGAACCGCUCAUGAUCGCGUAUAUCAAGCAGAACAUAGAGGAUUGGCAGAAUGGGGUCAUUGUCAGUCCAGAUGCGGGAGGGGCGAAGCGAGUCACUGCUAUCGCGGACAAACUCGAUCUCGAAUUCGCCCUCUUUCACAGAAAACGGGAAGGCAAGGCCGAAGACGCACCGGAGAAGAUGGAGCUUCUCGUCGGUAGCGUCAAGGACAAGGUUGCGAUCGUGGUCGACGAUAUGAUCGACACGGGUAGCACCCUUACCUUGGCUGCCAAAUCAUUACGGGACAACGGAGCGAGCAGAGUCCACGCUAUCAUCUCGCAUGGCCUCUUCUCCGAAACUCGGAUGCAGACGAUCGAUUCCCUCCCCAUAGACACCCUCAUCGUAACGAACACAAUCCCACAACACGAACACCAAGACCUCUGCGCGAAGCUCGUCACGCUCGACAUCAGCCCCACAAUCGCGGAGAGCAUCCGUCGGACGCAUAACGGAGAGUCGAUCAGCUUACUGUUUGGUGACUGGGCGAACGCUGCUGCAGGGAUGAACGGGUUCUGAACGCUUUUGGUUGUCCUUCUAGAGCCGUAAGACGACACACGACACCUUUCGGAUUUCGGCCUUGAUCCAUCCCUUGAAUGUGAAAGCUCUCUGCCAUUCGACCUUCGGUUUUUGAAGAUGAAGAUGGAUGCGAGGACUUGAGUAUCCGCUGGGAGUUUUUUUGUGCGUGUGGUUUGUGUGAGUGAGAGGUCGAGAUUGGAACAGUUUAGAUGCGGAUGUGCGGAGGUAAGUAUUAUGAUGGGUUUGUGGUGGUCGACGAAGCAAAAGUAAGGGGCUAGGUGACUUUGCCCUUUCACCGAUCUUCAGUGGUUAUACGUCAUCCCAAUAUUUGUAGCUAUCAUCCACUUGUUUGAUGGUCCGGGGGACGUACAGGAAUUAGCAGUAAUCAUAGAUGAAAGAUCAUGAACCG